AUGGGAGCUUAUGUGCCAGCAGGUUCUCGUAAUAAGAACAGGCUCUAUCGAACCAUUGGUAUUUCUACCAUCUUAAUCACUACUUUAUAUUGUCUUUUGAACGGUACUUCCAUACUUUCCGGCCAAUCUACCUCGUUAAACAGCAACAAGAUAUCUAGAGGUACAUCUUUUGAUUUUUCCCCUUACAUUAACGAAAAUGAUAAUUCUGAAAAUUAUAAAUUUGUUAGAAUCAAUGAAAAUUUGAACCCAAAUAAUAAACCAUAUGAGAAAAAAGUGAAAGCUACUUUUGUCACUUUAGCUAGAAAUUCUGAUUUACAUGGUCUUUUAGAACCUAUUAAAGCUAUCGAAGAUAGAUUCAACAAGAAUUUCCAUUACGAUUGGGUUUUCUUGAAUGAUGUGGAGUUUGAUGAAGAUUUCAAAAGAAUCACUUCCAGUUUAAUUUCAGGGAAUACAAAAUAUGGUGUCAUUCCAAAAGAACAUUGGUCUGUACCAAGUUGGAUCGAUGAAGAAAAAGCCACAAAUGCAAGAAAGAAGAUGGAAGAAGAUGGUGUCAUUUAUGGUGGUUCUUUACCAUACAGACACAUGUGUAGAUUUGAAUCUGGGUUUUUCUACAGACACCCACUUUUGGAUGAAUAUGAAUAUUAUUGGAGAAUUGAACCUGAUGUAAAAUUCCAUUGUGAUAUUAAUUACGAUAUUUUCCAAUUCAUGAAAGAUAACAACAAGAAAUAUGGGUUUACCAUCUCCAUUCACGAAUAUGAAGCCACCAUUAAGACUCUUUGGAACACUACAUUAGAAUUCAUUGAUAAAAACCCAGAAUUUUUAGCCAAGGAUAACAUGUUGGAUUUCAUUUCAGAUGAUGAUGGGACUUCUUACAACAAUUGUCAUUUCUGGUCCAAUUUUGAAAUUGCUUCUUUGGAUCUUUGGAGAGGUGAGGCCUACUCAAAAUAUUUCGAUUACUUAGACAAGAAAGGUGGGUUCUUCUACGAGAGAUGGGGUGAUGCUCCUGUCCAUUCCAUUGCUGCUGCUUUAUUCUUGAACAGAGAUGAAAUCCACCACUUCUACGAUGUGGGCUAUUACCAUGGUCCAUUCCAUGCUUGUCCAGUUGAUGACCAAAUCAGAUUCGAAAACAGAUGUGCUUGUUCUCCAAACCAAGAUUUCACUUGGCAAGGUUUCUCUUGUACCACCAAGUAUUAUAACGUUAAUCGUCUACAAAAGCCUCAUGGCUGGCAAAAAUAUGCAAAUUAA